GCAUGUUUCGACACCGAACGUUAGCAACACUCGCAACAAACAACGCAGAAAAAACUAAAGAUUGACACAGUUGUCUUGUGUCUGUUUGCGCAACAUGUUAGUCCAGAUGACCAUGGCAACAAACUGUCAACAGGUUGCCGUCGCCGGCCCUCGGCUAUGACGCUCCCCAGUUGUCCGCCGGAAUCCACGCGUAGAUCUGGCGGCUAGUGAAUAAUUACGGAGCAGUUUCUUUGUUCUAGAAGAAAGUCAGAAAAAUAUGGCUUUUCCACUCUAUCAAAAGCCGGCGUUCCGGCAGUGAUACAGUUAGUUGUAAAAUGAUCUCCCGGGCGGUGCUCGGCUUUCACUGUCAGGCUACUUGGUACGAUAUGCCACAUCCCCGAACGGAGAGCACUGUUAACGGCGUGUGUCGGUGCACUGUAUGAGGGUGUUUCCGAACAUCGAGCGGCCUCUGGAAAAUGCACCAUGCAGCGUCACCAGCGUCACCAGCGUUGUCCAGGACGGGCGUUAGGCCUGCUGCUUAGCGUCUCUCUUGGUCCAUUAGCUCAUCUAGGAAAUUUAUUCACAGACGAGGUGCAGGAGAUUCCAGGAAGAGCCUCAGCUUCGAAUCGUAUUUCGCAAACGGGCACAGAGCAGAGGGUUGCUGAUGCUGGGGCGGCGCACACCCUAAUCGUUCUUCUGGCAUUGCGUCUCCGCUCCUUGGGCUGCAUGUCCUUGCCCUUUUUGAAGUCGAACAGUCUGCCAGGCACGGCCUUGUCUAGGCCACGGAGCACAUGUCCGAUGAAGAAAAGCCAUGGAAGUGCUCCAGAAAAGUCGUUUGAGCCAAAGGACGGGCAGCCACUCAGAGGCGCCACCGACUGCAAGGGAGCCCCCCUGUGAUUCCAAGGCUUCUAGUUCCCUUCUACUCCGUGCCUUGUGCUCCGUAAUGAACAAG